CGAGUUCCGUCAGCUGGCUGCCGCCUCCCGACCGGACGUGUCGCUGCUGAGGAAGUUCGUUCACCUGCUGGACGUGCAGGGCUCCGACUUCAAGGAGGAGGUGCAGCUGCAGAAAUUGAAGGGUGACGUGGCCCAAAUGAUUCGCAAGAACCAGAUGCUGGAGAGAGACCUGGACUCGCUCGACGUCAAGAUCGGCCUGCUAGUGAAAAAUCGGAUCACACUGCAGGAGGUGCUGAUGCACAGCAAGACGAUGGACGCCGUGAACAAGAGCGGCGACAAGCUGGGGACGCUCUCCCGCGGCCAGGGGCUCAAGGCGCUGACACGCGAGAGCCGGGACCGGCUGGCGCUGUACCAGCAGCUGUUCUACCAGCUGCAGACGCGGCCGGCGUACCUGGCGCGGCUGGUGUUCGCGCUGCCGCCCGGCCAGUCGGGCCGCUUCCUCGAGUCCGUGGUGCCCAGCGUCUUCAACUACGGCACCAACGACCGCGAGGAGUACCUGUUGGUCAGCCUGUUCCGCAUCGCGCUCCAGGAGGAGGUCAGGUCGCGCGUGGACCAGCUCUCGGACGUGGUGAGCGGCAACCCGAUGGUGGUGCGCAUGAUCGUGCAGUACAGCCGACGCCACCCGCUGCGGCCCGUGCUCGGCCCGCUGGUGGAGCGCGUGCUCAGCGACCGCACGCUCCUCAUCAACACCAACCCGGUCGAGAUCUACCGGCACUGGGUCAACCAGCAGGAGGCGCAGAGCGGACAGCCCUGCGGCCUGCCGUACGCGGUCAGCCAGGAGGAGGCGUUGAAGCAUGGCGAGGUGGCGCGCCGCCUCAACCGCGCCAUCCACUGCCUCAAGGAGGCCAGCAACAUCUUCCUGGACGAGAUCUUCAACGCCGUCGACGAGCUGCCCUACUGCCUGCUGUACUCGGCCAAGGUGCUGAAGCGGGCGCUGCACGAAAAGUUCCCGGACGCGCCCGAGAAGGACAUCCUCAAGGUGGUCGGCAACCUGGUGUACUAUCGCUUUAUCAACUCGGCUAUCGUGGCGCCGGACGCGUUCGACAUCGUCUCGCUGCCGGCGGACCAGGCGAUGACGCCCGACCAGCGCCGCAACCUGGGCAGCAUCGCCAAGAUCCUGCAGUUCGCCGCCAGCAAGAAGGGGUUCGGCGAGGAGGCCGGCCAUUUGCAAGCGCUGAACCCGUUCAUCAUCGCCGCCCACGAGCGCUUCAAGCUAUUCCUGCAAGCCUGCUGCGCCAUCGCCGAGCCGGAGCAGCACUACGGCCGCAACGAGUUCACCGAAGCCACGCUCAUCGCCAAGCCAAUCAUCUACAUCACCGCCCAGGAGCUGUGCGAGACCCACCGGCUGCUGAUGGAGUACGAGUCGGUGGUUGCGCCAUCGAAGAGUGACCCGCUGCACGAGAUCCUGGAGGAGCUCGGGGACCAGCCGUCGCUGGACGGCGUGCUAGGGGAGGAGCCGGACCACCCGAGCCCGGAGCGGGCCGAGGUGUGCCUGACGCUGCAGGCGCGCGUUGAUCCAGCGGACGAGGCGGCCCAGCUCACCGCCGGCAAGCUCUUCCUGCAGUGUAAGCAGCUGCUGGUGGACGUGAUGCGCUGCACGGAGGACCCGGACGUGAGCGCCUGCGCGCGCGUCGAGCCGACCGCGCUCCAGGAGCGCCACUACCGCGAGCUGCUGCAGGCGCGCGGACAGGCCGAGAAACGCCGCCACGGCGACCAGCGACUCCACAGGAACAACUCGUUCCUGGCGCAGCCCUGCGCCACGCUGGAGGAGGCCAAGGACGCGCUGCUGGAGCGGCUGCGGCUGCUGGAGCGCGCGGGCGUGGUGCACCGCGACGACGGCUACCGGGCGCUGCUCGACGCCGUGGCCGCCGACAUCGUCCACCAGAGGCGCCACCGGCAGCAGCGGCGCCAGGAGCUGGUGAAGCUGCGGCGCACCAUCUCGUCGCUGGACAAGAAGCGCACCUUCUACCAGGAGCAGGCCUCGUACUACACCCAGUAUCUGGCCACGUGCCUGCAAGGCAUGGCGACGGGGCGGCGGCGCGCCGGCCGCCACAAGGCCAAGGCGGCGGCGCCGCUGCGCUACACGGCCGCCCGGCUCAAGGAGAAGGGCGUGCUGCUCAACAUCGACGGCAUGCAGCCGGCUGAGCUGAAGGGCGUGCAGUUCGAGAUCUCGCCGCUGGCGGCCGAGGGCCUGUUCCAGGUGAACGCCAAGCUGCUGGGCGUGCAGCUGGAGCGGGUGGAGAUCAGCCUGCAGGAGCUGCUGCAUCUGCAGUACGACGGCGUCUCCGUCAUGGACAUGUUCGGGAGGGUUCGGAUCAACGUCAACCUGCUUAUCUUCCUCCUGAACAGCAAGUUCUACAGCAAGGGCAAGAAGUGAACUGGCCCCGGUGCGCUGGGUCGGCCGAGCGGUCCCGACGGCUGUCGGCGCUCGGCGCAACGCCUGAGGCGGUGUCGGGAACGGAGCGGCGCGGCGCCGGACGCCGACACGUUCGCCUCGGCGUCUCGCGGCUCGUGGUGUGCUUAGCAGCUGCUUCGUUCGCGCUUUGUUGGCGCUGACAGAACAUUUUACGUAGAGGCUGUAUCGUGUGCGCGCUGGUGUGCUCUCCUUGGUGUGCUCUCCUGCAAUGCUUUAGCUAGUGUCUUCCAGCUCUGUUUCUUUUUUUAUAGUUUACAGUCCGGUAAUGCAAUAACUGAUUCAGAGGGCAUCGCCCCUCGUUUUACAGCUGGUCGAGAACGGCGGGACCCAGCUAAUUAGGCGCUUCCUACGUGGCAAUCGAUGCACAUGCGUGGCGCAAACGUUUGUGCCAUCGUGGCACUCGUUCACUUCGCCUGGACCUUCAUGUGGCCGUACCGUAAUUAAGUUUUGUAAUUAACUGCCUGUAAUGGGGUAUAGUUAACGUAGCCCUUGGCGCGGCCCAGGCCGAGGACGUAGCCUGCGCUAACAAUCAGACAAUCAGUUAGCUGUGAUCGUCGAGGGACCACGUUUGCGUAGUGCCUGUUUGGUCAGCGGCCGCAGGGAACGCGCGCCGCUGCACAUUUUACCGGUGACGUGGUGGGGCGGGGCACGGGGCGCGCUGCAGACCCGGCGGGCUGUUGAGGCCGUGUGGUGUCCGGCCGGGUGCUCCGCGACGGCGCGCGUGCCAGCACGCAACACACUGGGCUCCUUGUGCGUCGCCCUCUGGAUUA